ACAACUUUACGUGAGCUGAUAUACUUUCCUUUCGAUUUGUGUUAAAUAUUAUUAAAUAACAAGUGCAGACAAUUUAUUGUCCACCAUCUUCAAUCAGCCGCCUGCCAUAUAUAACUUGCUCAUCAGAUCUCUUCAACCAAAAUAUCAAGAAUACCUCUUAGAUAAGCCGGAGCUAGGUUGGUGUAGCCAAAGAUUCCUUCUCCCUAAAAAAAUAUCAAGCUAAGAAGAUCACAUACCCAUUUGCCAAAAAUUUAUUCCUUCUCUCUAAAAAAUAUGAAAGUUUCUAAAUUCGAAUCACCACCUUCAUUUUCUGCCAUUUUCUUGGUGUUUCUCACUCUCUCGAGUCUGUAUACAGCCAGACAUUUUACUUAUGCUGCAGACAAUAAACAGUCACCCAUCAACACCAUAGUAGUUUUAGUGAUGGAAAACAGAUCUUUUGAUCAUAUGUUGGGGUGGAUGAAAAAAUCCAUCAAUCCCAACAUCAAUGGAGUAACUGGAGAUGAAUGCAACUUUGUGUCCACCAACACCUCACAAUCGCAGACCAUUUGCUUCACUGAUGAUGCUCAGUUUGUGGAUCCGGAUCCGGGCCAUUCUUUUGAGGAUGUGGAGCAACAGGUAUUUGGCUCUGGAACCAUUCCUUCGAUGACUGGUUUUGUAGAGCAGGCACUCUCAAUGUCUCUAAACUUAUCUGAAAUUGUUAUGAAAGGCUUCAGGCCUGAGUCUGUUCCUGUAUAUGCUUCUCUUGUACAAGAAUUUGCAGUCUUUGAUCGGUGGUUCUCAUCAAUUCCUGGUCCAACUCAACCCAAUAGACUUUUUGUUUACUCUGCUACUUCUCAUGGUUCAACAAGUCAUGUCAAGAAGCUCCUUGCUCUAGGUUAUCCUCAGAGAACCAUAUUUGAUUCACUUCAUGAGAAUCAUAAGAACUUCGGCAUUUACUUCCGGAACAUACCCUCUACUUUGUUUUAUCGAAAUUUGAGGAAAUUGAAGUACAUUAGGAAGUUCCAUCGGUAUGAUUCUAAGUUUAAGGAAGACGCUAAAAAAGGGAAAUUGCCUAGCUUAACUGUAAUUGAACCAGGGUAUUUUGAUCUUAUAGGCUAUCAUGCAGAUGAUGAUCAUCCAUCUCAUGAUGUUGCUAACGGGCAAAAGCUUGUUAAGGAGGUUUAUGAGACUCUAAGAGCGAGCCCUCAAUGGAAUGAAACCCUCUUGGUCAUUACUUAUGAUGAGCAUGGUGGGUUUUAUGACCAUGUUGAGACUCCUUAUGUCAAUAUUCCUAGCCCAGAUGGAAACACUGGUCCUGCUCCUUCUUUCUUCAAGUUUGAUAGGCUUGGCGUUCGAGUGCCAACAAUUAUGGUCUCCCCAUGGAUCAAAAAAGGAACUGUGAUAAGUGGCCCUAAAGGACCUACUCCAAAUUCAGAGUUUGAGCAUUCUUCUAUUCCUGCGACCAUAAAGAAAAUAUUCAAUCUGUCAUCCAACUUCUUGACUCACAGAGAUGCUUGGGCUGGCACUUUCGAGGAGGUUGUUGGUGAAUUAACCUCUCCCAGAACAGACUGCCCAGAGACCUUGCCAGAUGUUGCACCAUUGAGGAGUACUGAAGCAAAAGAAAAUGGAGGGCUAUCCGAAUUUCAAGGUGAAAUAGUUCAAUUAGCUGCUGUUCUCAACGGGGAUCACUUCUUGAGCAGUUUCCCCAAUGAGAUGGGUAAGAAGAUGACAGUAAAAGAAGCCCAUGAGUAUGUUAAGGGAGCUGUUUCAAGGUUUAUAAGAGCGAGCAAAGAGGCCAUCAAAUUGGGCGCAGAUGAAAAUGCCAUUGUAGACAUGAGGUCUUCUCUCACUACUAGAUCUUCCAUUCACAAUUAGUUAAUCCUCUAGAAACCUGCCUCAUAUGUUAGAUCAUACUGUAAAAUGCAAUGAUAUUAAGGGAAGCACUGCUGAUAGAGCUAUUUGGUUGCUUUUGAUGUGGGCAUUUUACAUGUCUAAACUUGCAACCAAAUUUGCUGUCAAUAUCCUUUUCUCUGAAUAGAGUUUCAAUGGUCUAUGUAGAGAUUUUAUAAAUAGGUUGUGCUACGUCAAAGGUCGAGUCUGUAUAAACGUCAGUUGUGUAUAUUGUUAUGGUUGAGCCUGCAGACUAAAUAUAAAUCUUUAAAAUAUCAGUUAUAUGUUA